AUGGAGGAGUUAAUUGCAUCACAGUAUGAACUUCAUGGCCGCAUCUCGCGCACUUGGGAGAAUUUGAAGAAAACUGGCCAACAAAAUAUAUCGAUUGACGGGGUGCGAGCCGCUCUGUCGUUGCUGGAUAAAAAAUGGGCCCGCUUAGAGGAUCAGCAUUCACAGCUCAUGCGCAAUUACAGGGCAGCUCUCAAAGAUCACGAUUACGUAACAGGUGACUUCCUAGGAACAGCUGAGAUGCAAUAUACGUCUCAGCGAGCACAGCUUUUACGGUUAGAGCGACAAUUUGCCUCAAGCUCGGAGCUUAAUCCGGCCAAACCUGGCACAACUGCAUCGGUAGCUCACACACCCGCCACCUCCGUGGCGUCGCCCUCGUUCCCGCGCAUUGAGCUGCCCAAAUUCAGCGGCCGAUUCGAAGAUUGGCCAGCUUUCAGCGACUUGUUUCAAUCGCUGGUUAUCGACGAGUCCGCCCUAUCGAACGUUCGAAAGCUGCAUUACCUGAAAACCAGUGUGUCGGGUGAGGCUGAGAGUCUACUGAAAAACUUGCCCACUACCGACGAAAACUUCCAGCGAGCCUGGACCUUGCUAAAGGAGCACUACGAGAACAAACGGCUUCUUGUGAGAGCACACCUCAACGCCUUCCUCGCAAUUCCCAAGAUGAAGCCCAACUCCAUGGUGGACCUGCGGCGGAUUUUCCAUGGAGUCGUGACAACAGCUGGGGCCCUGGAGGGCAUCGGCCGCCCCAUUUCGUCGAGUGAGGAUCUUUUCGUGCACCUAGCCGUGAAUCUUUUCGAUCAAGUCACACGUCGGGAGUGGGACAAGUCCUUGCUGAAAUCUUCGGAGCCUCCUUCAUUCGAGCAAUUGCAAGCGUUUCUCAAGGAACAGGUGACGUCAGAGGAGGCAACCGGGGAGAAAUGCACCGAACCAUACGUCAAGUCGAGCCUUCGUGGUGGACGCAGCGUCCGCAUCGCGCAAUCGCGUCCCAAAGCAGUCAGCGCCUCCCGAGCAUGCCCCGUGUGCGGGGGGCCGCAUUUUAUCGCCACCUGCGAUCGGUACACGCAAAGGACACCGCUUGAACGAAAAGACUUGGUGAGCACACAUAACCGAUGUUUCAACUGCCUCGGACGCCAUGCCGUGAGUAUGUGUACCACCAACAAGACCUGUCUUAAGUGCGCUGAGCGACAUCACACCUCGUUGCACGAGGCGUUCGCUCCUGCCCCGGUGCCCGCGAAGACGCCCUCAGCAUCCGCACACGUGGCCGCCCUACCCACGGUGGAGAACGCCACCGUCCUCUUAGCCACUGUACGAAUUUGGGUUUUAGAUGGUUUAGGCAAGCAGCAAGCAGUUCGCGCCCUCAUUGACCCAGGUUCAGAGGCUUCAUUGGCGGCAGAGUCCUUGGUGCAGCGCCUACGACUGCCACGGAGUCCAUCGUGCGUUACGAUUUUUGGAGUUGGUGGGCAGCAAUCCGGAGUCGCACGAGGCCGAGUCUCGCUCUCCAUAACAGCACGGUCAGGGGGCUUCACCUUGAACGUUUCGGCACUCGUACUGCCUCGGCUAACAGGGUACAACGGAGCAGUCAAAACCGACCGUUGCACCUGGUCCCACGUGCAGGGUCUGAAGCUGGCAGACCCAGACUACCUGGCAGCUGACCCGGUGGAGCUGCUCCUGGGCGCGGACGUUUACGCGCAUAUUCUGCGGAGUGGACUGAGACGAGGACGGGAUCAGGAGCCAGUCGCUCAAUUCACUAGCCUGGGGUGGAUCCUUCUCGGAGGUCUUCGCACGGGACCGUCUGUGCCAGCCAUGACGACACUACAUUGCUCCCAGGAUGACAACCUCUCGUCAGUGCUGCAACGGUUCUGGGAGUGGGAGGAACCAUCGCGAGCAGAGGUGCCGUUCACCGCAGAGGACCAAAAGUGCGAGGAGCUUUUCGUGAGCUCCACCAAACGCUUGCCCGAUGGCCGCUUUCAAGUGCGGCUGCCGUUCAACAUUCAGCCAACGCCCCAGCUGGCCUCCACGAAGCACGCGGCCGCGCGCAUGCUAAGUGCAAUGAGUCGUCGAUUCGCUCUCGACGACGGCUUUCGCCUUAAGUAUAAGGAAUUCAUGGAGGAAUACCUUGCCUUGCGUCACAUGACGCCUGCUCCUCCGGCUCCCAGUCCAGUCGAGGGGCGCCUCUGCUACCUGCCUCAUCAUGGUGUGCUGAAAUCCACCGAGGGAAAUGUUAAACUUCGCGUUGUUUUCAAUGGAUCCGCACGCACAUCUACCGGCAUUAGUCUAAAUAGUUGCUUAUUUGCAGGACCAAAUUUGAUGUCUUCACUGCCAGACAUUAUCCUGCGUUGGAGGCGCCAUCGGUACGCAUUUGUCGCCGAUAUUGAGAAGAUGUACCGCCAGAUCGUGGUGCACCCAGACGACAGAGACUUGCAGCGAAUUUUGUGGGAACUCAACGGAACGGUCAGCGAGUUCCAGUUGAAUACGGUCACUUAUGGAACCGCCUGUGCACCGUUCCUGGCUGUGCGGGUGCUGCACCAAUUGGCCAAUGACGAGGAGGAAAAAUUCCCGGCAGGAGCUGCAGCGUUGCGACACGACUGCUACGUCGACGACAUUUUGUCCGGUGCGUCCUCGCUUGCCGCGGGCCGCCAACUACAAAGCGAGCUGACCGCUGUGUCCAUGGCGGGCGGAUUCCCCUUGAGGAAAUGGGCAGCCAACCAUCCGGAUUUGCUCGAGGGAGUACCAUCUUCACACCGACUGGCAGCCUCGGGAGUUUCAGAUUUGCCACACGAAGAACAUGCCGUGCUGGGUGUACGUUGGUCACCUUCUGACGACUGCCUGAUGAUGGCAACCACAAUCAUGGCCGAUCCCGUACCUACCAAAAGGUCAUUGCUGUCACGGGUGGCCCGUUUGUUCGACCCGUUGGGAUGGCUGGCGCCAGUGGUUGUUCUGACGAAGAUGCUCAUCCAAACUACUUGGCUACAGCAACUGGAGUGGGACACUCCCUUAGCUCCCACUGAAGCAACCACCUGGAUCAACAUCCUUGACGACCUUCCGGUCUUGGAAGCGGUCAAAAUACCUCGCUGGUUUAUUGGCUUUACUCCCGAGGGUAAUGUUGAGCUCCACGGAUUCGCGGACGCCUCGGAGCGCGCUUACGGCGCCGUCAUUUACUUGAGAACCGUGCAAAAUGGGAAGAUAUCCGUGUCACUCGUGCAGGCAAAAACCAGAGUGGCUCCGCUCAAACGAGUCUCAUUGCCUCGACUCGAGCUGUGCGCCGCAGCUUUACUGGCCAAGUUGUCCGUACAUGUCAAGAUGGUGUUGGGCCUUCAGGCUGUGCCUACCUUCCAUUGGUCCGACUCCACAGUUACUUUGGCAUGGAUUCGUGGUCAUCCAACGAAAUGGGCUACCUUUGUGGCCAACAGGGUGGCUGAAAUACAGAGGCAGAGCGACGCCGUGCGUUGGUGUCAUGUACCUGGCACUGAAAAUCCUGCAGACUGCGCAUCACGAGGAUUGAUGCCACGCGAACUCGCCACGCAUCCAUUGUGGUGGCAAGGCCCUCCCUUUCUCAGAAGUGAAUCUGCGUCAUGGCCGAAGAUGGAAGAUCCUCUUCAAGACGCUGACGUGCCUGAACAAAGAUCCAAAAGAUGCUAUGCAGUGAAGCUGGAAACCGUCGAGCCACCCGAACUGACACGUUUUUCCGACUUACGCAGACUUCUGCGGGUCACUGCAUGGAUUCUGCGUUGGAGGUCUCGACGAUCUGCCGAGAAGAUCAGCACUGUGGCUACCGACGCACUAGUCUUACUACCCCAGGAGUUAGAGGCAGCGCUCCUCCAGUGGGUACGCAUUACUCAGCGCAUCGCCUUUCCCAGGGAGCUGGAAGACGUCCGCGCAGGGCGGGCGGUACAUGGGCGCAGCGCCCUUAGAAAAUUGACUCCGUUCAUCGAUAAGGAUGGAAUCCUUCGAGUUGGAGGACGCAUCAAGCAUGCACUGCUCAACGCCGACCAGAAACAUCCGAUCAUACUGGCCACCCAAUCCCACCUAAGCCAGCUCAUUGUGGAAGCGCACCACCGGCGCACCUUGCACGCAGGAACGCAGACAACUCUCGCCUCAAUACGACAGCGCUACUGGCUUCUCGCCAGAACGUAA